GAUGACAGCUGUGUGCUGUGGCUGUUGCUAAAGGGAGGAGAAAAUCUCACGACGGAGGGCUUUUUAUCUCGUUCAUUCGCAGCUAGAACAUUUGGAGUACUGAAACGAGAACUUAACUGUAAAACCCACCCAUAACACUCGUGACUGAAUUCAGUACUUCACAUCCAGCCGUCAAAUUAGUCGCACCGUGGCUCAUCUGAACGAUGGUGAAGCCAGACAUUCACACUCUGGCCCACCACCUGAAGCAGGAACGGUUGUACGUGGCAUCAGAGAAACAACUGAUCCAGCGGCUCAACAACGAGGUCCUAAAGACAGCAGAAAGGCUCUGUCGCGCAGCCUGGAUCGCCAAACAGCAACGGAUCAACCUCGACCGCCUCAUCCUCACCAGUGCGGAGGCCUCUCCUGCAGAAUGCUGUCAGCAUGCCAAGUUUCUGGAGGACACACAGUUUGUGGAUGGUUAUAAGACACUUGGCUUUCAGGAGAGCAUCUAUGGGGAGUUCCUGGGCCGCUUGAGGGAGAACCCGCGAUUGGUGGCAUCCUGUCUGGUGGCAGGAGAGAGGCUCAGUCAUGAACACACACAGGGGGUCAUACACACAGUCUUCACCUCACUCUAUGGCAACUGCAUCAUGCAAGAAGAUGAAUGCUACCUGCUGCAGGUGCUACGUUAUUUGGUGGAAUUUGAGCUAAAGGAAAGUGACAACCCUCGUCGUCUGUUACGGCGAGGCACGUGUGCCUUCAGCAUCCUCUUCAAACUCUUCUCAGAGGGCCUGUAUUCAGCUAAGCUUUUCCUCACUGCAACCCUCCACGAGCCCAUCAUGCAGUUGCUGGUGGAGGACGAGGACCAUCUAGAGACGGAUCCAGCCAAACUGAUAGACCGCUUUACCCCGGCCCAGCAGGAGCGCCUGUUCGGGGAAAAAGGCACAGAUGAGUACCGGAGAAAAGUUCAGGCAGCGGUGGAGGCCAACGAAGCCAAACUGGUGGCCCUGGUCAAUACCUUUAUCAACUACCUAAAACAGAACACCUAUUGCUUCCCACAAAGCCUUCGCUGGAUUGUUUCUCAGAUGUAUAAGACGCUGGCACGUGUGGAGAGGUUAGAGGUCGGGGAGGUGAGGACGAUGUGCACCGACUUGCUGCUCACAUGCUUCAUCUGUCCAGCCAUCGUUAACCCUGAACAGUAUGGGAUCAUCUCCGAUGCACCUAUCAAUGAGGUGGCACGUUUCAACCUCAUGCAGGUGGGGCAGUUGUUGCAGCAGUUAGCAAUGUCUGAUGCAGAUGAUGGAGAUCCUCGACGUAAAAGCAGUUUAUCCAAGUUUGAUAAGAUGUGUGUUUCUGCGUUUUUGGACGUUGUCAUUGGUGGAAGAGCUGUCGAGACUCCACCUAUGUCGUCAAUGAAUUUACUAGAGGGCCUCACACGGACGGUGGUUUACAUGACUCAUAAUCAGCUUUUAGCUCUGGUGGACUUUGUGCGUAGUGUCACUGCAGGAGAUCAGCUCAGAGAAGAAGACCACCUGGCUCUGGAAACCCUAAUAGCCCAUGUACCUCAGUCCCGCACGACAAAGAGCAACAGUCUGGAGCUCACACCCUCUAACACGCCCCAGCUCUCCCCAGUUACCACACCCGCCAACAAGAAGAACAGACUCCCUAUUGGACAACAGUUGGCAGCCAUAACGUGUUGGGAGCCCUCUGCCACUGCCCUGUCCGCUCAUAUACCCUUAGUGACCCCAUUUGGCUCUCGCAGCCGAAGCCGAACUAACAUGGCCCAGGAGGGUGAGAUUGAAGCCAGCUCUCUGGAGUCUCUGCAGGAGGUCACACCUGAAGAAGUGCUAGUCAUCUCGCUGGGAACCUCACUGCAGACCGUACCUGGGAUGAUGUCUGAAAAUGAGGUUCUGACUCUGCAUCUUGGAGAUGGUGGACAAGGAGACGCCCCUGUUGAUGACACCAAACUGCACGGCAAACCUGACAAAACGCUGCGCUUCUCACUUUGCAGUGACAACCUGGAGGGCAUUUCUGAGGGGCCGUCUAACCGCUCCAAUUCAGUUUCUUCUUUGGACUUGGAGGUAGAGUCUGUGUCAGAAGGAGGACCAGGACCGUCUGGUAGCAAUGGUGCAGAGGCCUUGCAGCUACUGGAACAUGAACAAGCCACUACACAGGAUAAUUUGGACGAUAAGCUUCGUAAGUUCGAGAUUCGGGACAUGAUGGGACUAACAGAAGACAGAGACAUUUCAGAGACGGUCAGUGAGACUUGGAGCACUGACGUCCUGGGCAGUGACUUUGAUCCCAACAUGGAUGAGGACCGACUUCAGGAGAUAGCAGGGGCUGCUGCAGAGAACGCAUUGGGCAGCAUGCUGUGUCUGCCAGUGCUUCUGGACCCGUACGGUUCAACCAUCUCGGAGACAACGAGUGAGGCGUGGAGUGUGGAGGUUCUGCCAAGUGACUCAGAAGCUGCAGACCUGAAGCAGGAAGAGCGACUGCAGGAGCUGGAGAGCUGCUCAGGUGUGGGUAGCACUUCAGAUGACACCGAGGUCAGAGAGGUCAGCUCCCGACCCAGCACCCCGGGACUCAGUGUUGUUUCAGGCAUCAGUGCCACAUCAGAGGACAUCCCCAAUAAGAUCGAAGACCUACGCUCAGAGUGCAGCUCAGAUUUUGGAGGCAAAGACUCCGUGACCAGCCCAGAUGGAGAGGACUCUGCUCACGGAGCUCACAGUCUAUCCUGCGCACCCUCUCAAACAGAUUCACUGCUGGCCAUGUUCGAUCCCCUCUCUUCUGGAGAAGGUUCAUCCACUGGCACCAUCGUGCGACCCAAGGUGCACUAUCCCCGGCCCCCUCACCCUCCCCCUGACCCGCCCAUUCCAGAGGCCAGCAUAACAGGCUACCAGGAGCCUCGUCCACCCCUCUUCGCCCCCCACCUGGUGCAGAGUGACCUGGAGCAUCCCAAACAGAGGCACUCUUUCCCUGAAAGGCUGGUCAGGAGCCGCAGCACAGAUGUGGUGUCUGCUGGCCGCAGACCCACCAGUGACCCCGGACUGAACCGCAGGACCAUGAUGGAGGAGAGAGACCCGGCUGGAGCUUAUUCCACAGGACCCACUUCCUCUCCCAGCAAGGAUUCACUCAAAGGAGAUUCUGAGGACAGAAAGGAUAGUGAUGAUGAGAAGUCUGACAGGAACAGACCCUGGUGGAAGAAGCGCUUUGUUCCUGCCAUUCCUAAAGUGUUCUAUUGGACUGCAGAGGGUGAACUCCCAGUGCCGAUCUCUGGGCUCCGAAAGCGGGACAAGCCGGAAAAAGACGAGCAAGGAGUGGAGAGGGUACCACAAGGUAUACCAGAUGAGCCUUCAGCGCUCAGGCAGACCUCUAAGACCCAGUCAGCGGAGGCAAUAAUGGACAAGUACAAGUACAUCAUGGAGAGACGACCCACUCACAGUGAUGGGGCACUUGCUGGAACUUAUGUUGGACAAGAGCCUUGUAGAGAGGUAGACAGUGAGCACGAUUCCCCUAAAGAUGAAGCUCUGCAGAACAUCUCUGCAGAUGACCUUCCAGACUCUGCCAGUCAGACAGCACCCCCUCAAGACAAGACAUUCUCCUUCAGUGAUAUUAAGAAAAAGCUACGCCUGGCGCUGUGCUCUGCAGAUUCUGUUGUAUUUCCCAUCAUUCCACCAGCAACAACACGUAAUGGUCUCCCAGACCAUGCAGAUCCCGAUGACAACGAGAUCGUGUGCUUUCUGAAGGUGCAGCUGGCGGAGGCCAUUAACCUGCAGGAUAAGAACCAGAUGGCUCAGAUCCAGGAGACUACGCGCUGCGUCAGCCACCUCGACCCCCGCACCUGCAGAAAACUGCUCACUGCCAUGGCAGAGGACUACAGGAAACGGGCUCCAUACAUUGCCUAUCUGACGCGGUGCAGGCAAGGCCUGCAGACAUCUCAGGCUCAUCUGGAGAGACUCCUGCAGAGAGUGUUAAGAGAUAAAGAAGUGGCCAACCGCUACUUUACCACCGUCUGUGUCCGACUGCUCCUGGAACACAUGGAGUCAAAGAUGCUUGACUUCAUCAAAGCAUUUCAGGGCUGCACAGCAUCUGAUGAUAAGACAGCAGCCGUGGAGGAUUUCCUGCGUUACCUGUAUGGAGCCAUGGCCCAUGAUGCCAUCUGGCAGUACGCCAGUGAAGAGCAGCUCCAGGAUGCCCAGAUGGCCAUCGAACGCAGCGUCAUGAACCGCAUCUUCAAACUGGCAUUCUACCCCAAUCAGGAUGGGGAUAUCCACAGAGAUCAGCUAUUCCUGGAGCACAUUCAGCGUCUGUCCAAAGUGGUGACGGCCAAUCACAAAGCCCUGCAGAUCCCAGAGGUCUAUUUGAAGGAGGCACCUUGGCCCUCAGCACAGGCUGAGAUCAGGACCAUCAACGCCUAUAAGACCCCAAGAGAUAAAGUACAGUGUAUCCUGCGCAUGUGCUCCACAAUUAUGAACCUGCUCAGCCUGGCCAAUGAGGACGCUGUACCCGGGGCUGAUGACUUUGUCCCAGUGCUCGUCUUUGUCCUGAUUAAAGCAAACCCUCCCUGCCUUCUGUCCACCAUUCAGUACAUCAAUAAUUUCUACGCCAGCAGACUGAGCGGGGAGGAGUGCUACUGGUGGAUGCAGUUCACUGCUGCCGUGGAAUUCAUUAAAACCAUCGACGAUCGCAAGUGAAGCAGAACAGCCACCUGUAUGGACAGACUGUAGGAAGGAGAGAGAGAGAGAGAGGACAGCGCGGGUGACUACUCUCCCCUUCAUCGAGAACGCACAGUGUGGCAUCGCCUCGGUCUGUAUAGUUGUACAUAGAGGCAAAAACACUUCAAGUUUAAAAUCGAUCAAAUAUUAGAUAAGAUCAUGACAGGUUUUACUGCGCUGGGGUAUUAAACAAAUGUAAACAAAUAAUGCGGCAGGUGGUAACAUUGCCACUCACUACUGAUCUCGCUUAUAACCCACGUGUUUUUCUGUAUUACUUGGGAGGUGUUGGGACUUAAAAUCACAUUUUAUAUUAAACACAGAUUUAGCAAGUAAUUAGCUCUGUUAAAACAUACCUAUCAAAUGAAAAAGGGACCAGGAACUACCUGCAUCGAUCAUGUGUCGGGGCGCUUCUGAGGGGUCCUCCUUGUAUAAACCGUGCAAUCUCACCCUGUUCAAAGCUAACGGUCACAUGCCGAGUCAUAUCAAAGAACGCAUCACUAUAGAUGCUGCCAGUGUAUCAAUGUUACAGUUUAUCAAAUUAAACAUGCCAUUAUUUUAAUAGGGCAGCUUGUUCUAUGAAUGUAAACAGGUGUUGUCAUUAUUGUACAUUCAAUCUUUCCUACGUUUCCCAGACAAUUUGGAAAUAAGGGCCCACAUAUUUAUAUAAAAUAAAAUGUAUUUAUUACCUAACUCCUGUAUUUAAUGUUUUAUUAUAUUAACUGACUAGUUCCAUGAAUUCGUUGUUGGGCAGAUGCACACGGUCCGGUCGAGGAAACAAGUUCUAGAAAUGUUCAAUCUCGCAGAGAGCUGCUAAAACAGGGUGUCUUCACAUUAGCGGAUAGAGUUGUAAAUGAGUGCCUUGCAGAUAUUCGCAGUAACACUUGAUCUUUUAGUUUUGGUGGAUUUUCUGCCACAUUUCGGGGUUUCUUGCAUCUUCCUUGAAGUGAGGAAGCAGGAGUCAAGCCUGGCUAAACGUCACUAUGCUAUUAAUAACAAACCUGAAAGAAAAAGUACAACUUGCCAAGUAGAAACACCCCCCACAUUUGGUCGUUCAGUAUGUGGAUUGUUAUUUGUGUUGAAGAGGUGGAGAAUUGGCUGCUUGUUCUUACAGUAUGGUAUGGUGUUGUUGAGUUUGCUGUUGACCUUUUCUUGUCUUUAAAAUCCAUGUAUUGUUUCAAGAGUUUUACUUUUGUAGGAUUAAAUCACUGUUAUUUUUAUAACGCAGUUCCCAAGUUAAACUAUAAGUUUGUAGGAAUAUUUUUGUGUAAUUUAAGAUUGUACCUUUAGGUGUAAAACAGCUUGUCACUGGGAUGGACACCAUGUUUACCCCUAAAAGGUUCAUAGUAGUACCGUAAAUAUACAUAUUAGUACUAUAAGGUACUAAUACACAUCUAUUGGGGGGUAAGGUACAUAAAAGGUACCCUAUAUAAGUACUGCCCCAGAGACAAGCCAUUUUACCUCUAAAGAUAUAAUUUCUUAAUUUUUUUUCUGUCAGUGUUUUUUGAUCUUAGAUAGCAAAGAACAUUUUAACACUGUGGCAUCAUCAUCAAUGCUAGUGUAUUGAUGUUGAGGAGAAUAUAUGUAUUGAUACAGGCUUCCUCGUGUCAUAACCCCGUCACAGCUAGCACAUAUUCUUCAUAAGUUUUUGCUGUACAGUAGAUAUCAAAUGAAUAACAGCACAGUAUAUUAUUUAAACAGGAAUAUUUAAUAUCAUGCUCUGUGUUAUUCUUAAAUGAUCUUUAUUAGAUUUAAAUUUCCCACUAACCUUUGCACACGAGUAGAACUAGGGCAAAAAAAAAGUAUCCUUACUACUUUACGUGGUUGUCAAGAGUUUCCCGCUUCAGAUCUGUCUUUCAGUGUUGCUCCUUAACAUCUAAUAGCAAACCCUGAGGGUUUGGUGUCGAUUUUGAUUAUGGUGUUUGAAAUAUAGUAGAUGCACUUAGAACAAUUAGUUCUACCUCCAACUUUGUACAUAAAUGGAUGAAUAACAUGUUGCAGUAUGCUCUUUUCCACUAGCUUUUGUAGCCUUUAGAGCUCUGCCAGUUACUACCAUGUAUCUCUCUCUUGCACAAACUGUAAUACAAAGAGCGUCAGCUACAAGACUCUUAAUUUGCAGAUAGUCUGUAUAAUAUAACAUUUAUAUUCUAUAUAAUAGAUCAUUUAUAUUUUAUAUAAAUGUUAUAACAAAAUACAUUUGUCUUUACUCGUUCAUUUUUAAAUGACCUGAUCUAUUUUUUUUAUUUUUAUUUGUAUUUUUUUUUUUUUUGUCCUUUUCAACAUUUUCUGUAAUGUGGAAUCGGGUGUUAUUGAUUGAACAUCUCAAGAUCUCGAAUGGUUCAGACUGUCAGACUAUUUUGGUCUUAUAUGUUGAUGUUUUUGUGUAUAAAGCCUGUCCUAAGGGUUGCGUAACUUCGGGGUUGUGUAACCUGUGGCAAAUAUUUGAAUCUAUUAAUUUUGAUUUACAUUUUUUUCCGACGGAAAGACGGGUGUUUUUGGUCUUCUGCAUUUUACUGGAAGAAACAAAAGGUGAUGGCCUCAAUGUGCAAAUAUUCUAACCUAAAACUAAUUCCACAAUCUUGGAGAUUUUUGAUCGGAUAAUUAAUUAAAGCAAUGAGAGCAUUUAAAUAAGAUACACUACUAUUCAUUUGAUCAUUGUUUUAGCAAAAGUGACUCCACAAUGAUUUCCUGGUGUAAACAGGGUUUUGGGGUAAUGAACAGAACUGAACUGGGUUAAUAUCAGGAUAUUGCCUGAGAGCAAGGCGUUGUACUCAAUCUGUAUUAAAGACCUUUAUAAUUCUUCCCGUACCUUGUUGGUCCACUGUUUUGAAGCGCAUGCUAAGAGAAUAAUGGGUAAUGGGCCUGCAUUUGUAAGCUUAUUCACAUGGGCUCCUGUUGGGAAGGCAUUCUGUGUGUUCUAGUAUUGGGAUUUUAAUAUAAACCUGUACAUAAUUCUUAAAAAAAAUAAAUAAAGACUUUAUGUGAAUAUGAAA